GAUACUUGUAUCCUUAAAUCUUUAAUCCACCUGGAACUGGAUAUUUGGAUGGUGUGAGGAGAUGUGGGACAUGUGGAUUUGGGAUAUGAAUUCAUUUGAAAAGCCACUUUGGGGUUAUGAACGUGAUUUCUGAUGAAACUGGAUUGGAAUAAUUUUCAUGAUCUUUAUAUAUUUAUAUAUAUAUAUUUUAAAAUUUUGCAUUUGACUUAAAGUGCCAUGAGAAAAUUUGCAUAUUGCAAGGUGGUCCUAGCCACCUCCUUGAUUUGGGUACUCUUGGAUAUGUUCCUGCUGCUUUACUUCAGUGAAUGCAACAAAUGUGAUGAAAAAAAAGAGAGAGGACUUCCUGCUGGGGACGUUCUAGAGCCAGUACAAAAGCCUCAUGAAGGUCCUGGAGAAAUGGGGAAACCAGUCGUCAUUCCUAAAGAGGACCAAGAAAAGAUGAAAGAGAUGUUUAAAAUCAAUCAGUUCAAUUUAAUGGCAAGUGAGAUGAUUGCACUCAACAGAUCUUUACCAGAUGUUCGGUUAGAAGGGUGUAAAACAAAGGUGUAUCCAGAUAAUCUUCCUACAACAAGUGUGGUGAUUGUUUUCCACAAUGAGGCUUGGAGUACACUUCUGCGAACUGUCCAUAGUGUCAUUAAUCGCUCACCAAGACACAUGCUAGAAGAAAUUGUUCUAGUAGAUGAUGCCAGUGAAAGAGACUUUUUGAAAAGACCUCUAGAGAGUUAUGUGAAAAAGUUAAAAGUACCGGUUCAUGUAAUUCGAAUGGAGCAACGUUCUGGAUUGAUCAGAGCUAGAUUAAAAGGAGCUGCUGUGUCUAAAGGUCAAGUGAUCACCUUUUUAGACGCUCACUGUGAAUGUACAGUGGGGUGGCUGGAGCCUCUCUUAGCCAGGAUCAAACAUGACAGGAGGACAGUGGUCUGUCCUAUCAUUGAUGUGAUCAGUGAUGAUACUUUUGAGUACAUGGCAGGUUCUGACAUGACCUAUGGCGGGUUCAACUGGAAGCUCAAUUUUCGCUGGUAUCCUGUUCCCCAAAGAGAAAUGGACAGAAGGAAAGGUGAUCGUACUCUUCCCGUCAGAACACCUACAAUGGCAGGAGGCCUUUUUUCAAUAGACAGAGAUUACUUUCAGGAAAUUGGAACAUAUGAUGCUGGAAUGGAUAUUUGGGGAGGAGAAAACCUAGAAAUUUCCUUUAGGAUUUGGCAGUGUGGAGGGACAUUAGAGAUUGUUACUUGCUCACAUGUUGGACAUGUGUUUCGGAAAGCUACACCCUACACGUUUCCAGGAGGCACAGGGCAGAUUAUCAAUAAAAAUAACAGACGACUUGCUGAAGUGUGGAUGGAUGAAUUCAAGAAUUUCUUCUAUAUAAUUUCUCCAGGUGUUACAAAGGUAGACUAUGGAGAUAUAUCAUCAAGACUUGGUCUGAGACACAAACUUCAAUGCAGACCUUUCUCUUGGUACCUAGAGAAUAUUUAUCCCGAUUCUCAGAUUCCACGUCAUUAUUUCUCCUUGGGAGAGAUACGAAAUGUGGAAACAAAUCAGUGUCUAGAUAACAUGGCUAGAAAAGAGAAUGAAAAAGUUGGGAUUUUUAACUGUCACGGUAUGGGAGGUAAUCAGGUAUUCUCAUACACUGCCAACAAAGAAAUUAGAACAGAUGACCUUUGCCUGGAUGUCUCCAAACUUAAUGGCCCAGUCACAAUGCUCAAAUGCCACCACCUAAAAGGCAACCAACUUUGGGAGUAUGACCCAGUGAAGUUAACCCUGCAGCAUGUGAACAGUAAUCAGUGCCUGGACAAAGCCACAGAAGAGGAUAGCCAGGUGCCCAGCAUUAGAGACUGCAGUGGAAGCCGGUCCCAGCAGUGGCUUCUUCGAAACGUCACCCUUCCAGAAAUAUUCUGAGACCAAAUUUACAGAAAAAAAAGAAGAAAAUUUGGAUUGACUGGGCUACCUCAGCAUACAUUUCUGCCACAUUCUUAAAUAGCAAAAAAGGAAAGUACUUUCCUCCUGCAGGAUGAGGGUUUAUCAGCCAUUAAAACUUAGACUGCUCUCGCUUUCACUUGCUGUGAACCAGCCUGCCUGUCCAAGGACGUGGAACUACACAGUAGCGAGACUGCACACCGAUGUUUACAAGAUUGAAAAUGUCUUUCAUCAAGAAUCAUUGCAAAGAAUACACAGACAGUGAAACAACCUACGAAACGUGCUUUCCGGAGAACCACACCUUUUAUGGUUUGCUUGCACAUCAGUACUUUCUGCUGAUUGUGCUGGCGUAAUGAAGAGACGUCCAAGGUGUUUUUUUCUGAUUAGAACUGGUAGCCAGUAUAUUAAAUAUUGAUGUAAUAAAUGAAAAAGAACUGGAACCAGAUUCAGAAUCAUGAAAACGUUUUUACAACAAUUUAAAAAACUAUAUUAAACAGGGUUUAAAGGAAAUUAAAACAGAACUAUGAGAAGUACAAUUUGUUAUAGUAUAGUAUCAAAUUUCUAUAUAGAUUUUAUACCUCAGUGGGGAAAAAUAACUGAUUCCAAUGACAUUCAUUUUGUUUUCAUCUGUGAUAGUCAUGAUGCUUUUUUUUUUUUUCCUUGGGGUGCUGAAAUUGAGCUGAAAAAAGAAAUGGCUCUUUGAACGUAGUUUUAAUUGCUUUCUACAAUCUUUUUAAUUUGGUUUGUGGGCUGCUGGAAUUGUAAUUUUUAAUUGCCUUCAAAAAUGGAGAUUUAAAUAACGUGUGGUCUCACUGAAUGAGUUAGAUAUCUCAGUUGCUCUUGGGUCAACUGGCUUAUAGACGUGCUCUCUUUCACACAAACACAUACACACACACAAACACAUUUCUUAUUAGAUUUUCAACUUUAUAACUUGGUUCCACUGAUACGCUUAAUACCCAAGAUUCAUACUACUGUACUACAGAUUUAUUUUCACAGCAAUAAAUCUUCUGUUGUUUAUGAUUCCAUUCAACAAAAGGCCUACAGAAGUGAUUCAUUAAUUGGUUAUUUGGAGAUGAUACAUUUGAUGAUUUUUUUUUUUGGAAAACUUUUUUCACUCCAUACUCAGAUGUGCUUCAUUGUCAAGUGCAUAUUUAGAUUAGGUUCUUGAAUUGUAAUGUUGAUCUGCUGCUUUUUUUUUUUUUUAAUAAAAUUUGACUGAAAAUGUUUAAUUGGCAUUUUUUAAUGAGUUAGCCAAAGAAGUGCAGCUCUUAUUCUACAUCAUUAGUCCUGCAUUUCUUCCCUAAAUUCCAUUUAGGUUAAAUGGACUUUCUUUUUCUGAUUUUUUUUAACACCACAAGAUAACCUGAGUAUUGAUUAAAAGUUGAGCAUGAAUUAAUGUUUUAAUGUCACAGAAAAUCUCAUUGUGACAUUUUUCCUGAUCUGUGGAGAAAUCCAUUGGCAAAAGUGCGUAUAUUUUCUUGUUUAUUUGUAAGAUUAUAUUUAAUGAUAUUCUUUUCUUCAUCAAAUACUCACUGCAGGCAGUGCUAUUUCUGUGCCUAAGAAUGUUUCUGAACGUUGCAUCAUUAAUGAUACUUGCCAAGUUGAGUGUACAGAAGGUUUCUCAUAUCCUAUUCAAGUUAAUAUCAAGCACAUGUCGAUGCUUUAGGGUGAGGCUGUAGUACAGAAUACAUAAACUUUUCCCCCAGGAAAUCUGAGUCAAAGCAGGUGUCGGAUGGGAUUUUUUUUUUCCUACUCCAUGAGCUGUGUUAAUUCUCUAUCUUUGGUAGGUUUAAUGCUUGAAUAAAUCAGGUAUCUAAUCAAUAAAUUAUUUUCAUGCUCAGAAUGUCAGGUUUUUGUACUCUAGUGUAGUUUGGUCUUAUUCUUUACUGUAAGAAAGCUUAACAGCAAUGUGAUUCAAGGUUUUGUGUUUCUUAAGAGGGGGGUGUGCGUGACUUAAUUCAUGGGUACUUUUAGAACCUGAUAGAUAAUCCCACUGCCUUUAUUUUUCUAAUUAAAGAAUUCCUAAAUACUUUGAAAAUAUAAAACAUUCCUGAAUA